GCGAUUGGAUGUAUUAAGACAAUGGUGAACAAACCAUGUAGUUCUCAUAAGUAUUGUGCUGAACAAUUGCAAAAUUAUAACAGGCAUUCUGGGAAAGCAGCAGCAUGUACAUAUUCAACUAAGGAUUGUGAUCUCUUGAACAGCAUUAAAAAUUUGAGUAGAUCUCGCAGCCCAUCACCACCUCCACUAUCACCUGUACAGAGUAAAGAAUUUGAAUCAUCGGAAGGAUUGGUUAUAGAUUUUCCAACUUUAGACAAUAACAAGCUUGAAAUAUCCAUCAACCAGCCUCCAUCCCUCUUGCCGGCUGAAGGAAGCAAAGGAGAAUUUGAAUAUGAAGGUAAAACAGGCAGAGGAAAAGAGGCCAAAUAUUCAGAUGGAACGUUGCUAUCAACAGACCAAGAAAGCAAUGAUUCUUAUGUAAAUUCUGAGAAGGCUGAGAAAGGUGAACAUUCUGCCAUUUUUCAAGAUUUAAUAGACCGUAUUAAUGAAAAGUUAAAAUCAAUAGAUACUACAGAUAUUGCAACAAAUCUUGUAAAACUUUCUAGCAGUGACAGGGCACCAGAAAAUGAUAUCAAAUUGGGAGACUUCAUAACUUCUCUUUUGCAUAAUGCUAAGGCAAGUGAUUACAGCUUUAUGGAAUUACUUCACCAACAUGAUAAACAAAUGGAAAAUAAAAUUAUACAAACACGAUUUCGCAAGCGUCAGGAAACUUUAUUUGCAACAUAUAAUUCGCCUGAUUCACCAUUCAUUCGACGACAGUCUUUGCAAAUCAAGAGGGAGCUUGCAAGCCUUGAUGGCACUCUUGUAAGAAAAAGGUCAAUUUCUGAGAGAAAUGCAAAGAAAUCGACAAAAAAAAUCGAUAAAAUAUAUCCAAAUAAAAGACACAGUUUUACUGUGAUAGAAGAUGAGACUUUGCAACAUCUUGAAAGUAAUCCAUGUAUGAAUUGCCAAACCAAACCGACGUGCUUUCCUGUACACCAAACAGAGCCUUUCAAACUACCUCUUACUAAUUUUCAAACCAGCUCCGGCUUUCUAGUUCUUUCAGAAAACAGUGCUAUUGCAGCCAGCCAGCCGAAACUCACAAAAACACAAGGAGAUUGCGCAUCCUUAGGAGAGACUGAUCAGAUUCCUCUAAAGGAUGAGAGUAAUGGAAUCUUGGGCAGAACUAAACGUAACAUUGUGCCUCCUGGAUGGUACUCUGUGUAUGUAACGAACAAUAUUGUGUUUAGAAAGUCAUCCAAUGCAAAAAAGUCUUUAGAAAGUUUGGAAAAAAUGAAAAUAAAUAAAGAUGGUCAUGCUGAAAGAUGCAGUGACAUAAAUAUAAGCAAAAUUGUGAGAGACACAAAUCUGCAAGUUGUUGUAGAGCGUUUAGAAGAUACAAUAAGCUUAGCCAGAAAGACUAACAACUCAUUGCUGGACGGUUACAAAAUAAGCCAAAAAUUAAAAGAUAAUGCUUAUGAACAAGUUAUGAACCCAGCUGCUAGAAGAGGCUUACCCUUCGCUCUGAGUGAAAUGGGAUGCACAGGACAAAGCUUCCUUCCACACUCACAUGUGCCAAGCAGCAGUAAAACCAAAACUCUGAGUGUGACAACAAACAAACGAGAAGUGGUUAUAGAUCAAGAAAUUAAUGAUGGCCUUUUGAAAUCUCUGACCUUUGAUUCAUCCAGCUCAGCUUCUAAUAAUGAGGAUAUGCAUACAACUUCUGUAGCUGGGGAGAUCUCAUCUCCCUUAAACUACUCUAGUCCUGUUAAGCUUAUGUUUGUCUCAGAGGUUAAUAGUAGUGAAGGAGUCAAAUAUACAUUGACAUCUGCAGCUGCAUCUUCUAAAGAAAGCACAGAUAUUUGUUUGUUUCAGGGGCACGUAAACACUUUGUUAGACAAACAGGCCACAGGAGAUCUUUCUCAUGCAAUCUGCGUCAAGGAUCGUGAUUACAAUGAAAAUGAUACCAAGGAAGAGUCAAGUUGUGUUUAUGUGGAAGCAAUUACAAGCUCUUGUCCAGUUGGUCAAACUAACUUAAAUGACUCAAACCAAAAUGACGAAGUUGUGGAGAAAUCAAGCAGUAGCAGUGAAUCGGUUUUAAAAAGAAAACCUGGUAGACCAAAGAAAAUAGGUCCUCAAGUUGUUAAGCAGGUUAAGAGACCUAUUGGACGGCCCCCAAAACCAAAAAUAGAUGUGACUGAAAGCACAGAACGUAGACCUGAACUUAGCAGUGAUGGUAAAUGUACCAAAUCUGGUGCAGCAGUAACAGAAGAAGUUAACAGCAACAAAAAUAUUACUGUGACGGUUGUUUUUGGAAGGUCAAGAAGAACUAAGAGACAUGUUUCUGAAGGUAAUCUAAAUGUAAUCAGUAUUCUGCCCACACAACACAUUGAUUCUAAUUUUGCCAAUCACCACAGCAAAGCGAGGCACGAUGCAGAAAGUGAAAAUGCUUUGACUGAAAUAGUAAAAGCUUUACAGAAUUCUUCUACUGAAAACGAGGUGUCUGGUUAUGACUAUGUCAGACCUAUCAAGAGUAACCUAGCAUCACCACAUCCUUGCAGCAAUAUUAUACGGCCAAUUAAGAAACCGUUAACCACCAUUCGAAAACCUGGUAGGCCAGCAAAAGUAAAAAUCUCCGGCAUAUCAGUGACUGUUAAUAGAGUUUCACCUCAGGAAAGAAAAGUGAGUAUUAGUAACUGUUUGCCUCCUUUGCAACAGCAGACUGUGUUAGAAAAAAACAUACCCCAGGAGAGAAAAAAUCAGCUGUGCAAUAACACAGGACAAGUAAAGAGCAUGCAGAAAGAUUCUAGAGAGGAUGGAUCAAACAAUGUCAUUGCAACAGUGUCAAGAAAACGUGAAAUUCCAUUGAGACAUUCUGCUAGAGACAGAAAACCCUCACUGCAUUUUUUACAUUCAUUAGCAUCUUCUAGUGCAUUUACUUGUAGAAGUGCCUUACUACAUAAAUCUUACAAACUCCAUUUGAAAAAAGCUAAAGAUCGAAAGGAAAAACAUAGGCAAUCAAAUCAGAGCACAGCAUCCAAAGAUACCUCAGAACUGAGAAAUUCAGGAAAUACAAAAAAGGAUCUUAAGGAUGGUGGUGAAUUUGGGCCCAUUAAUGAAGUAUCAUCAGAUCCCAUUUUUUCAUCGAAUCCCUCUCUCAGGUGGUGGGCUACUUCCACUUCAAGUGACACUUUGUUGGAAGAACUAAAUAAUAGAUUUGAACAGAUAACUAAUACCUGGUUGCGAGUGGGGGGAAAUGAGUUUGAUAAAUGUGUAUGUGAAAAAAGGGAUCCCAUUGAACAAGACUGUAAUACUGAAAUGUCAAACCAUUUAGACUCCUGCCUUGUAGAAUUUGAAACAUCACCUAUAAAAAUGCUUUUUCAGAAAAAGUGUAAUAUGAAUGAACUCUGCACCUGGUUUAUGCAAACUACAGAAACACAGUCGCUCUCUCUAGUGAGGAAGGCAAAUGCUCGCAAUCCUUUAGAAGUAGUUAGUACUAGAGAGAUAAAGAUGGAAACUAAACAAUCUGAUCUUAGUAGUUGCCCUUUCAGAAAGCACUUUAAAAAGUUUGCACUAUCCUCUCCUUCAAAACCAGCAGGGAAAUUACAAAUAUUACAUAACAUGGUGAGGUCUCCAGUCUUAAGCAUGAGAAAUAAUUUCAUGUUAGCCAGAUUAAAAAGAAAUGAAUUUAAGAAGUUACAGCGUGAUAGGUGGGGGCAAACGAAAAAACUAUAUAAUCAGGCUCCCGGAGGCUGGAAAUCAAAAAAGAAAAAUUUACCAUUCUUUUGCCAAAGCCAGUUGUUUAAAAGUCCAAGUGGGGAAACCAAUGAUGAAAUGCCCAAGCUCCAGGAAAAAAAUACAGUAGAAAUCCAGCCCACUCAGCCUUUGGUAGAAUCUCACAGUAUCCUCUUGCCAACUGAAAAUGAAGCCAGAGAUGUUCAACAGAUGAUGGGAUCUUCUGACUUUAACCAACAUCCUGGUUUAGCAAAUAUUCUUAAGUCACAUGCAGAGACAAAUGGAACAAUUUGUUGCCAACAAAACAUUAGAAAAGAACAAAGCCAAGAUAAACUGUUUCAAAAUACUUGGAAAGCCAAAACCUUUAAAGAUUGUAGAAUAUUUCUGAGAAAAAUCAACCAUAUUGAGCAGCACAAUUCAUUUAAGUUAAAUAAUGUCAUUUAUUCUCCUGAAGCUGUUGAAAGUAAGAGCAAUCAGGCCUAUAUGGAAGAAAAAAGACAUCCUCUUUUAAGAUCCCAUUCUACUAAGCAAAAUGCAUUAAAGAAACAAGAAAACGAAAUGGAAACAUCUAAAGGAUCUAAUUCUUCUAAAGUGACUGAAAGGCUGGAUGACCAAUUUCACAGCAGAAAAUUUAGUGAUGGUGUAAACCAUGAUGAUAAUCCUGCUGGUAGUUCUGAAGUCCUUAUCAGAAUAAACAAAAGAAAAAGUCCACAAUGGGAUACCACUGAUACAAAUAUAAGAAAAAGGCAUAAGAGACAAUCAUGCAGUAGUGGACAAAUGGCAACUUUUUACCCAAAGUACCAAGUAGAAUGUGCAAGUGAAGAUAAAGCAAUUGAGUUGUUACAGUUCAAGGUAGUCUUGAGCAACUAG